UCUCGGCUAUAGUUUAUCGAUUUUUGUGAUAGACAUCAGCAAGCGCCUUGGACACGAUUACUUGUAGGUGUACGCCUUCAGUUUUAAGGGGGGGAGGGGGCUGUUAGCCUGACCCUCUGAAAAGGCCUAAUGAUGAGCAUGCUGGGAUUUGUCUACUUGGUGCUCAUACUCGGCUGGAUAUUGAUCGUGCUGUUUCUCAAGUGUAAAAAGUCGUUGGCAGCUCCAUUUCGCUUUGGUGAGAACUACACGGAUGCAAUUGCCGAGCCGAGAACUGAGCGUCGUCCGUCCGUGCAUGUGAUACAGCUGCCAAACGAGGAAAUCGAACAGGAGGAUCACUACAUGGAUAGUUUUCAUCGACAGUCGGAUAGCUUGCAACGUUAUUCGCAUCGUUCGACGCUUGAGGAGCGCACAAUUGAACGCACAUAUCCCACAGAUGCCGUCAUUAAUCCCGCCUUCAUGCAUGACGAGGACUAUGUCAUCAAUGCGCCGCCUCCCACAUACGAGGAGGUAAUGCGUCAGCCUCAGGUGUAUCCCCAGGUGCGACAAAAUAAUCAUAAAAUUAGCGAUGCAAAUAUUUAAAUAUUAAGUUAAGUGUACAUACGAUUUGUAGUUUCAUUUUCAGCUGUGAUUUUCCGAUUGUAAAUACAAUAAAUUUUAUGAAAUUAACUACAAA